GUUCGGAGUAGUGGCCAUUGGUUGGAUGAGUUCGGAGUAGUGGCCAUUGGUUGGGAUGAGUUCGGAGUAGUGGCCAUUGGUUGGGAUGAUUACGGAGUAGUGGCCAUUGGUUGGGAUGAGUUUCGCGUAGUGGCCAUUGGUUGGGAUGAGUACGGAGUAGUGGCCAUUGGUUGGGAUGAGUAACGCAGUAGUGGUCCAUUGGUUAGGAUGAGUACGGAUGGCCAUUGGUUGGGAUGAGUACGGAGUAGUGGCCAUUGGUUGGGAUGAGUAUGGAGUAGUUGCCAUUGGUUGGGAUGAGUACGGAUUAGUGACCAUUGGUUGG